AUGGGUCAAGAGCUGUGUGCUAAGAGUCUACAGCCUGGGUGCAGCUGCUAUCACCKUUCCAAAGGAGGCGAGACACACAGCAGCCGGAGGAGUCAGCCUGUGACCAUGGAGGCUGAAUUCCAGCUAACAGACCUAAAAGAAGCAUCAAGCUGCAUGACUUCAUUUCACCCCAGGGGAGUGCAGGGGGCUGGUGCCCGGAAGUUUGAGAGUAAAAGGCCACGGAGUAAUAGCGAUUCUUUUCAGGAAGAGGAUCUGAGGCAGGAUUUUCAGUGGAGGAACAGCCUCCCUUUUGGGGCCGCCUCAUCCUACUUGAACUUGGAGAAGCUGGGUGAAGGUUCUUAUGCUACAGUUUACAAGGGGAUUAGCAGAAUAAAUGGACAACUAGUGGCUUUAAAAGUCAUCAGCAUGAAUGCAGAGGAAGGAGUCCCGUUCACAGCAAUUCGGGAAGCUUCUCUCCUGAAGGGCUUGAAACAUGCCAAUAUUGUGCUUCUGCAUGACAUAAUUCACACCAAAGAGACCCUGACAUUCGUUUUUGAAUACAUGCACACAGACCUGGCCCAGUAUAUGUCUCAGCAUCCAGGAGGGCUUCAUCCUCACAACGUCAGGCUUUUCAUGUUUCAACUUUUGCGGGGCCUGGCGUACAUCCACCACCAACACGUCCUUCACAGGGACCUGAAACCUCAGAACUUGCUCAUCAGUCACCUGGGAGAGCUCAAACUGGCUGAUUUCGGUCUUGCUCGGGCCAAGUCCAUUCCUAGCCAGACAUACUCUUCAGAAGUUGUGACCCUCUGGUACCGGCCUCCUGACGCUUUGCUGGGAGCCACUGAAUACUCCUCUGAGCUGGACAUAUGGGGUGCAGGCUGCAUCUUUAUUGAAAUGUUCCAGGGUCAACCUUUGUUUCCUGGGGUUUCCAACAUCCUUGAACAGCUGGAGAAGAUCUGGGAGGUGUUGGGAGUCCCUACAGAGGACACUUGGCCUGGAGUCACCAAGCUACCUAACUACAAUCCAGAAUGGUUUCCGCUGUCGAAGCCUCAGAGCCUUCAGAUUGUCUGGAACAGGCUGGGCAGGGUUCCUGAAGCUGAAGACUUGGCCUCCCAAAUGUUGAAGGGCUUUCCUAGAGACCGGGUCUCCGCCCAGGAAGCACUGGGCCAUGAUUAUUUCAGUGCUCUGCCCUCCCAGCUGUACCAGCUUCCUGAUGAGGAGUCUUUGUUUACAGUUUCAGGAGUGAGGCUAAAACCAGAAAUGUGUGACCUUUUGGCCUCCUACCAGAAAGGUCACCACCCAGCCUGGUUUAGCAAAUGCUGGUGAAAAGAAGGGGUGGAGUCACCAAGAAUCUUCCAGGGCUGUUUUCAUGCUGCCUCAGUUUUCAUUUGCUUCAGCUUACAAAGAAGCUUCCAAUCUAAUUCCAUACUGCACACCUGGGAUAUUUUAAAUAUGAUGUUCAAGGAAAUGGUUCAUAAUUCUCAAAGAAAAAGCCAUGGAAGAUUGUUAUGGUCAUUGCCUAGAAUUUAACAGUGAUUGGCUCAAACACUGGGCAGAAACUAAGGUUCUCUGAGAGAGAACUUCUGAACAAUUUCACCUGUUUUGAGAGAGAUUCCUGGGCCAGAAAGUCAAUUUCCCAACAGGACAGAUGGGAAACUGACAGUUGAAAGAAUUUGU